AUGCAAACCAUACGGCCCUCACUCGCGCUGGCUGAGGGUCAGCUGGCUUUGAGAUGUCUGCUGCGCAACACCAUUGCGGCCAGACCUUACACGAGUUCCUUCCAUGACCAAACUCUCCAAGAGAACAAGUGCCGGCAGGGUUCUGUGGCCCUCACGCCUGCGGCUUUACUUGCCGGAGCUGUCUUAGGCGCACUGCUGGAAGAGAAUCGCAAGAAGCCACGGUCGUGCUCCUGUGAUAGUGAGUGGUGGAGGGAUCCAGCCCAGUGUUCAGAUGCUUCCACACUGUGGCAGAGGGCGUGGAAUGUUGAUUGGGAUGGACGCGCUCCGCCAACUUCCUUGCCAUCUGCCAACCCAGUCAAGACUACUGGACAGAUUCGGCACCUGCUAUUCGUGAGGCACGGGCAGUACAACCUGGAUGACGACGAGCACGGGCUGACUGACCUGGGCCGUGAGCAGUCAGCAAAGCUGGCGCAGAGGCUCCUGGCAGACCGGCUUGGUGUUAAGAAAGACCGAUAUGGAGAGGUUCAGAUUCAGUACAGAGGCAUUUGGGUGAGCAACGUCACCCGAGCGCAGCAGACUGCAGAGAUUCUUGCCAGCUAUUUGCCAGAUGUUCCACUGAAUGAACCAGACCCUCUCCUGGCAGAGGGCAAGCCAACCGUGCCACAUCCCACCUCGCAAGCUCCGGCAAGAACUUCCGACUACUGGGUUGACUCCGCUCGAAUGGAAGCGGGAUUCCGCAAGUACGUGCAUCGCGACGUUGAUCACAAGCGGCUUGCGGAAAAGCAAGCCAAGCGCGAGAAGAAGCUGAAGAAGGAGUUGGGAGAAGGAUAUGUCCCACCAGAGAGUAUGCCCGAAAAGGAAGCAGAGAAGGAGACUGAAAAGGCAGAGCAGCCACAGCACGUCUAUGAAAUCUACGUGUGCCACAUGAAUCUGAUUCGAUAUUUUGUCAUGAGGGCUUUGCAGCUUCCGCCAGAAGCUUGGCUCCGCCUCAGGGGUGACAAUACCGGCAUCACUGAGCGUUUGCGCUCUGACUUGGGUAGCGCUGUUCGGUGGGGACUGUCCUUCGUUCCCGGCCAGUCUCCAGCCAAGGAGGGUCUUCUGCGAGCAGCCGGCCUGACCUGCAGCUGCCUGUCCAGGCAGCAGUCUGCUUUGAAGCGCAUCCCGGUCGCAUGUCCUUCCUGUGGCUCCUUGAACGUCCCUCAGGGCUCUGCUUGGCAUACGGGUGAUCUUGUUCCAUGCCAAGAGUGCAGUCAGCCUUUCUUGCCCCUCAGCAGCUUUCAGGUCAGGGAGGACCUGGCUGUUCUGAAGACGGCAGUUCAGCUGCUUCGAGAUCAGCAGGAGCGCAUCCAGUACUUGGAAUGCCUUACUGGCAAGGGCAGGGGAGAGUCACCAAGCCUUCCGGCAAAGAGCUCGCCACGGCCAACGCAGGAGGCUUCUGCCCGGAGAUCACCUGAAGCUGAGCACGGAACGGCCUUGGGUCCAGCGCGUGGACCCAUGGCAUCGCCACACGUAGCUCCUCAGAUCAUGAGCCCAAGAGAGGUCGGCCAUGGGCCUCUCACUGACUCCACAGAUUCCCCAGAUGCUUCCCCUGGGCAUCCCUUUCUGUCGCCCUGUUCUCCUUCCCGCAGGCUGGAGCGUGCUGCUGACUUGCAGGAGCCAAAGCUGGAGCUGAGAGCUGCAGGCUCCAGCCCGCUAAUGCCGAAGGUGCCUGCUUGCAGGUCGAACCCAGGAGGAGGGGCAGCGGCUUCACCAAAGAAAAGCCAGGCUGGCGACAAACAGCCGCUCCUCAUGCCUCUCCUGGACACGCAAGAUCUUCUGACCAACAGCUCGUCGUCCUCAGCUCCGUGCUUUCAUGGUAGCAAGCUGUCAAGAUGGCAGAUGGACACUGAGCAAAAGACUCGAGAGGCGCUGCAAAGAAUGCGGCACGAGAACUUCGCAGGUGGCAAGGGCCGCCCCAGGAAAGAACGCGAAGAGGGGGAGAUUGCCUCUGCAUCCGAGUCAGAAGGGUCAAGGCUGACGACGUGGGACGUCAGGCCGGGUGCUUUGGUGUCAGGGCAGCCUGCGCCACUUUGGGCGCCAAAGGCUGUGCCAGCGGCAGAUGACAAACAUUAUCUCGUCACGUACCAGCACCACUUCUUCAGCGACCCCAGCCAUAGCAUCUACGCCUCAUCCGCAACUUCCUACCCCGGCCCUGCAGCCAUGGCAGAAGAGCCUGAGCCUGCGGGGCCGUUGGCGGAAGAUGACCACGCACCAGCAGAGCCGCGGAAGGACCUCAAGAUCAUUCUUUGUGGAGACUCUGCUGUUGGCAAGUCUAAAAUGGUGGAGCGGUUUCUUCUCGACGACUACAAUCCGCGAACGCUGUCAACCUUCGCCUUGACACUCUUCCGACACCACCAUACCGCUGAGGAUGGCAGAAGAUGGACCAUAGACUUCUGGGACACUGCUGGUCAGGAACAGUUUGACAAGUUGCAUGCUUCGUACUAUUUCCAGGCAAACGCCUGCAUUCUAGCCUUCGACGUCACUCGGAAGAUCACCUACAAGAAUUUGGAGACGUGGUACAAGGAAAUUCGCAAUUACUGUCCAGACAUCCCUGUGGUCUGCGUAGCCAAUAAGAUCGACGUGGAGCCUAGCAUGGCAAAGAAGAGGUUCAACUUCCCAGUCACCCACCAGCUUCCCUUCUACUUUGUUUCCUCAGCUGAUGGGACGAAUGUAGUUCGUGUCUUCAAGGAGGCCAUAUCCUUGGCCAUCAAAAACAAGGAGAAUCCUCCCGAUGAGGUUAUGGCGGAGAUCUAUGCGCUUCUUGCAGAAGAUGACCGCCCUACCAGGGCAGAAGAGUCGGAGACCGCUGGAUACGAUGAUGCGGGGGAUCCGUCUCCGGUCAGUGAAGGAGGGGCACCUGCAUAA